AAUUUCAUUUCCAAUUCCAUUGUCUCCUCUUUGAUCCCCACACCAAAAGGUGGUGGAAAAAAAAGUUCUUUUUGUACACUCUGCGAUGAUGAUGCCUGCAAUCUCCAACACCAACACCAACAACGCUAUCACUAACACUAAACUCAAACACCAAACACUUUUUUCUCUCUCACUUCUCUGUUCUGUUUCUGGGUUUUCAUAUUUUGACUCAGUUCUUAACCAUGGCCAAUCUCUGCUCACUACUCUGCAAUUACAGUGACAACCCAUGUUAAAACUAUAGAGCCAUAACCCAAAAAAGGAAAACAAUUUGUUAAAUUUGUUGUUAUGGAGAAUAAGUGUGGUUGUUGGUCUCUUCUGAAAAGAGGAGUUAGAGGUGGUUCUGGUUCUAAAGAAUCUGCUAACAUUAUCCCUCGUACUAGUCUUGUUUAUGAUGCAGCUACUGAGACAAGGUAUCUAAAUGCUAGCAAUAGAGAAUUAUGCCCUCCAAAUGAAGCACAAUUAUCUUCUGAAAAUCCUGAUCCACCACCAAAAGAUAAUAAACCUCCAUGUCAGUUACUUCAGUUCUCCUUUCAAGAACUAAAAUCAGCAACUGGAAAUUUUAGGCCUGAUAGCAUUCUUGGAGAAGGUGGAUUUGGGUUUGUGUUCAAGGGAUGGAUAGAGGAGAACGGGACAGCACCGGCGAAACCCGGGUCAGGAGUAACAGUUGCUGUGAAGAGUUUAAAGCCAGAUGGUCUUCAAGGCCAUAGAGAAUGGGUGGCUGAGGUGGAUUUUCUUGGACAGCUUCACCAUCAUAAUCUCGUGAAGCUAAUUGGGUAUUGCAUUGAGGAUGAUCAGCGGCUUCUUGUUUAUGAAUUCAUGACGCGAGGAAGUCUUGAAAACCAUCUGUUUAGAAGAACAAUACCUCUGCCAUGGUCUAACAGGAUUAAGAUUGCACUUGGGGCAGCUAAAGGGUUAGCCUUUCUUCACGGUGGUCCAGAACCAGUUAUUUACAGAGACUUUAAGACGUCAAACAUUUUGCUUGAUUCGGAAUACAAUGCCAAGCUUUCAGAUUUUGGUCUAGCUAAAGCUGGGCCUCAGGGUGACAAAACUCAUGUUUCUACCAGGGUCGUUGGAACAUAUGGCUAUGCUGCUCCAGAGUAUGUGAUGACAGGACACUUGACAUCGAAGAGUGAUGUUUACAGCUUCGGUGUUGUGCUACUUGAAAUUUUGACAGGCAGAAGAUCAAUGGACAAGAAGCGCCCCAGUGGCGAACAGAAUCUUGUUACUUGGGCUCGGCCUUAUUUAGCUGAGAAGCGAAAACUGUACCAGCUAGUCGAUCCCAGAUUGGAGCUGAGUUACUCUCUUAAAGCGGUUCAGAAAGUUUCUCAAUUAGCCUGCAACUGCCUCAGUAGAGACCCCAAAUCUCGCCCGACAAUGGAUGAGAUUGUGAAAGUUCUCACUCCAUUGCAAGAUCUAAAUGAUCUCGCCAUCUUAUCUUACCAUUCUCGUCUGUCUCAACAAGCAAGGCGAAAGAAGAAAUCUGAAGGAACUCAGCUGCAUGCAAAUGGUUCAUUCAAGAGUAUGAGGGAUUCUCCCUUGAAUACGAGCAAGCAGCGCUGUAAAUGAUGGACAAUCGAUUCUUUGAUCGAGCCAAUUAUGAAACCGAACAAAGGUCAGUAUCUCCACCUUUGUGUAUGGAUUUAUGCGAAAAUUUUAUUUCAAGCUUGUGGUAGAAUUUUGGGUGUUUUAGUAUUUGUUCGAGUCAGAUGAGGAAUUGGUAAUUCAGUUUCUAUAAAACAUUACACUAGAAAGCUAACCAUCCUUGCGAUAUGCCUUGCUUGUAAUUAGAUAAAAACCUUCUAUUUCUCGAGAUAGCUUUAUGCAACUACAUGAUUGUCAGUUGCUAUAAAGUUUUUGCUGUAUGCAGCUAUAUACUUGUCUGAUUGCUAUAUUUAGCUA